AUAAAUCAGUCCACAGAGGCUCGUGAGGAAUACAUCUACUUGUGAUCGACUUUGAGAGACAUGUUUAAGCUACGAAGACAGAAUUGACAUGUGUGAUCGUUUGAAGAAGUGACUACAUUUCCCAUCAGCCCCGUGGGGCGCAUCAAUUUUCCUUCCUCAGUGUCGUUUUCUUGGUUUGCAGCUGGAUCAGCUGGAUGAACGCGCGACUGCGCAGCAGCAUUAGUCUUAUGGGAAAAUUAGAUUGUUUUAUUGCGAUUUUUACGCUGGAUAUGCGCCUGAAGUUUCAUACAAGUUUUUACACAAAGUAUCCUGUUUUCUCUAUUUCUAAUUUUUACAUCCUUCUGUAAAUCUAGACUACGGACAAGUUGGAUAAAGCUAUUUUAAAACAUCUAUUUGGGGAGACUCUUUACGCGUAAAAUCCAGUCUUUAAUCACCUGGAUUGUGUGGACUGAAGCCGUGUAAGAUCUGCGCGUUUGGACGGACGAGCUUUCAGCGCCAACGCCUUUCCCCCCCUCUCUGUCCGCUUCUCUUCGGCUGGGAAACUUCAGCUCACACCGCCCUAAGGGCUGUUUGACGGCGUUUCCCUUCAACUUCAUGAGCUGCUGAACACCACCAUCCGACAAGAAGUUCUUUGAGAGUGAAAAUGGGCUGCACGAUAAGCGCCGAGGACAAAGCUGCAGUGGAGAGGAGUAAAAUGAUUGAUAGAAACCUGCGAGAAGACAGAGAGAAAUCCUCCAGAGAAGUCAAACUGCUCCUGCUCGGUGCUGGGGAAUCUGGGAAAAGCACGAUAGUAAAGCAGAUGAAAAUCAUUCAUGAAGAUGGCUACUCAGAAGAGGAGUGCAAGCAGUACAAAGUGGUGGUGUACAGCAACACCAUCCAAUCCAUCCUGGCUAUCAUCAGGGCAAUGGGCCGGUUAAAGAUAGAGUUUGGGGAUGCUGCCCGGGCGGAUGAUGCCCGCCUGCUCUUUGCCCUGGCAAGCUCAGCAGAAGAAGGGGUGAUGUCGCCAGAGCUGACGACUGUGAUUCAGAGGCUGUGGAGCGAUGUUGGAGUUCAGACGUGCUUUGAUCGAUCACGGGAGUAUCAGCUCAACGACUCUGCUGCAUACUACCUGAAUGACUUGGACAGGAUCUGUGAGCCGGGCUAUGUCCCGACUCAGCAGGAUGUGCUACGUACGCGUGUGAAGACCACUGGCAUCGUGGAAACUCACUUCACCUUCAAGGAUCUCUACUUCAAGAUGUUUGAUGUUGGGGGUCAGCGCUCAGAGAGGAAGAAGUGGAUCCAUUGUUUUGAGGGAGUCACAAGUAUAAUUUUCUGUGUAGCACUCAGUGACUAUGACCUCGUCUUGGCUGAGGAUGAGGAGAUGAAUCGGAUGCAUGAGAGCAUGAAACUUUUUGACUCCAUCUGCAACAACAAGUGGUUCACGCUCACCUCCAUCAUCCUCUUCCUCAACAAGAAGGACCUGUUUGAAGAGAAGAUAAGCAGGAGCCUGCUCACUAUCUGCUACCCUGAAUACUCUGGUGGUCAGUCGUAUGAGGAGGCUGCAGCUUAUAUCCAGUGCCAGUUUGAAGACUUGAAUAAACGAAAGGACACCAAGGAGAUCUACACCCACUUCACUUGUGCCACAGACACCAAGAAUGUGCAGUUUGUGUUCGAUGCCGUCACCGACGUCAUCAUCAAGAACAACUUGAGGGAGAUCGGGCUCUACUAAAGCUGCAGGCCCUGCAGGUGUCCAGAGGAGAAACAGGACUUCUGUGCUGGUAUGUUGUCUGCAGAGGGCACAUUGGAGGGUUACUAAGGACUGAUCGGGUGGCCAUGCUGCACGUAGGACCUAAAUUCCACAAUUAUGGGACUUGAUACUAUGAUCACCUUUGUCUUAAUAGAUUUUACGACGCAGAGCAUACUGGUAAGCAAAAAAAAAAAAAAAAAAAAAAGAUUUUAGGCAAAAAUGCAGGAUUGCAUGCAUAUGCAUUUAAAUUACAUAGAAAAUGUCCAUCCAUUUGAAUUACAACAUUUUAAUAUAAAUUAAGUAAUAAACUUAAUGUGAAGCAAGUAAUAUGAUUUGUGUAAUAGUACUAAUAAACUAUAAACUAUAGUAGCCAGGUGUAUGCAUUCAAUAUUAAUAAAAUCAAUUUGUUUGCCCAAACCCAACAGCAGAAAUGAAUGCAGACAUUUUGAGUUGAUUAGUACUAUUACAUACAUCUUAUUACUUGCGUCAUAUUAAGUUUGUUAGUUAUUUUUUUUAAACCAUGUAAUUCAAAUGAAUAGAAAAUUUUCUAUGAAACUGAAAUGCAUAAGUGGCCACAAAAAUAUUUUGAGUGUAGGAAGUCAUAAGUGGGUGUGGGGCUUGUAAAUGAGAUCUGUGGAGUCCUGUCAUAUUUAAAAUCAUAUUUACAUUUCAGGGGCUGGCAGGUAAAGCCCCUCUGAUUUCUCUGACACAUUUCUAGUUUGUCUGUCAUAUGCACAAGGACCAAAACGGACUGCUUGUUUAUCAAAUUCAUUACUACAUUUCACAGCUGACAUGUAAAUUCACUUUCUUUGCAUUGCAUCUUCUUUUAGCUUUAGUCAAUAUCACGUUGCUUUUAUUGAAUAUUUGCAUUUUUUUAUAUUUUAUUUUAAUUUUGAGUUUCAAUUAUAUAGUAUUUCCACUUUUGGAUGUGUGAGUGCCAUAACUUAUGUAUGGAAAGUGUUUUGUGUGAGCUGUUUCAAUGUAAAUAACGCAAACUUUUGGGUCUGGGGUUAGUUAGCAAGAGUGUCUACAUACUUAUUUUAAUUAUUAACUUGACAAUGUUGUAUUGAACAAUAUUUUUAUACAUGAGACACAUCACUGCGAAUCAAAUUAUGAAGGGAGAUCUUGAUUUCCCAGUGUUCUUUUCCAUAGGUGUUUGAAAAUUACUAAUAUUAUUCAUUCAUUGGAGGUCAAUACUUUUUUCAAGGUAAUUUUUAAUCCUAUGGAUAUCAGUGAAUAUAUACAGUAAAAAAUACAUGAAAUAUAAAAAGUGGAUAGUUUAAUAAAGCCAGAGGUUUGUGUUGUGCCAUGACAAAAGACUGGGGAAUAGUGCUGUUAUAUACUGCAGUGGAACACAGUUUAGGCUAGAUCAUUUCCUAGUAGAAAACAUUAACAAUGUUCAUGUCUAGCUCUCUUUACAUUUUUGCAGCUGUACUGGUUCAUUUUAAAAUCAAUAAAUGAUGGCACGGA